CCGUAUUUUGAAAAGGAAAACAAAUUACAAAAAAAUUCACAUCCAAACAUGGCCUUAAUGAGUUAAGGUGUGACCGUGUGAAUUUGUUACGGCAACCGGAAGCCGCCAUAUCUACCACCAAACUGCCGAAUGAUGUUGUUACUCUGCUCGCUCCGUGCUCGUCCGAAGUCCGCUCCCGCCUUCAGAAUUCCGCCAUUGCUCGAACUCACUCAGUCGAUCGCAUUCCAAUGGCUCUCAAUUCCCACUUCCUCCUACCCAACAGAUUCCGCUCUUCCUUCCCUCCAAUUCGCGCCGUCGCCGGAGUCCCGCCAAUUUCUCGUUCAAUCAGUCCCCAGACGACACCGUUUCCGCUCCGAUUCUCCGCUCACGCGGCGCAAUCCUCCGGCUUCCCCUCCGUUUCAGCUCUCUCCUCCACCGCCACUCCCGAGACCAGCAGCUUCACUUGGGAUGACGCCGUCCGAGCCUCUCAACCUGAAUACGCCCCCGGGGAUUCCUCCGAUCUCUCUGGAUUCUUCGAGAAGAUCAAGUUCUGCAAUCGCGGCUCUGAAAUGCGAUUCGAAUUCGUUCCGUUCGUGAUCGAGGAGAACACAGUCGGCUACAUUCAUAACCGUUUCGUUGAACAUUUGAAGCGGUUCGAGGAAGUGUUCGUGAUCAAGGACAGCAGCUCCCAUGGAGCCCGAUUUGGGUAUUGCGUUACUUUACAUGACAAGCUAGGCACGCCGGAAGAGAGGACUGCAGCUGUUGGGGAAGUCAUCAAAUGCUUGGUAGAAGAACAAGAAGAGCUAAUUCCAGGUAUACGAAAUGAGCUGUACCCGGUUACUUCAUCGUUUGGUGGGCGAGUCUACUUCUCAUUGGAGCGUGCUGCUGUUCCGUAUUUCGGGAUAAAGGCAUAUGGCAUUCAUAUGAAUGGCUUUGUGGAGAGUGGCGAUGAAAAAUUGUUGUGGGUGGCAAAGAGAAGUCUAGUGAAACCUACUUACCCUGGGAUGCUGGAUCAUCUUGUUGCCGGAGGACUGCCACAUGGAAUAUCAUGUCAAGAAAAUGUUGUGAAGGAAUGUGAAGAAGAAGCUGGAAUACCUCAAUCCAUUUCUGUCAAGGCUCUGCCAGUUGGUGCCGUUUCUUAUGUUGAUAUUGAUGGCGAUAGGUUCAAGAGAGAUGUUCUAUUUUGCUAUGACCUGAAGCUACCUGAAAGUUUUGUACCAAAAAAUCAAGAUGGAGAAGUUGAGGGUUUCAACUUGAUGCCCGUUGGAAGUGUUGCAAAUAUAGUAAGGAGGACUCAUUUUUACAAACCAAACUGCUCCCUAGUCGUCAUUGAUUUCCUAUUCCGACAUGGGUACAUUUGCCCUGAAAGCCUGGGAUACUUGGACCUGUUGCAGAGCUUGAGGAGUGGUAAUUGCUCGUAGAGUAGGUCUAGUUUGUGUUCUCAACUAAUGUUUUUAUCCAUUCUAGUCCAAGCUAGUCCUUGAUUACAAUUUCUUUCUCAAUGUUGUCAUUGUAUAACUUCUAGAAUACGGAUAUAAAGAUGUUAGCGGUUAUUGAGCUUUGAAUGUAUUCGGUCAAAAACAUGUCACAAAUAGUUGUUGACUUGCCUUGGUUGAUUAGAAUGAUUCUCCUUUUAAUUAUAGAAUAACCAUAUAUCUCAUUCUUAUGAUCUUUAGCAUAGUAUGUAUAAAUCAUUAUUCACACAUACUCUCAUCAUUCAACAUAUUUAUGUAAGAGGAAUCUUUCUUGAUGUUCAAGCAAGGGUGGCCAUUAAGUAUGUCAAUUUACCUGUUGUAGUAUUGCAAGAUGUGUAUUAAUGUGCGAGAAGGACAUAGUAUUUGUUCAUGUCUUAGGUGAGUUUAGAGUAUCAACUUAUGAAUUAAGAACAUUUCCGCUCUGAUAUGUUCACAUCCGGUAUUGAUUUUGUUUUACAUUUUUAUUUUGUUAUUUAGAGAAUUGAUGGAAUCCCGUGAACAAUAAUUUUUUUUAAUAAGGGUGAUAUAUAGUAUUCAUUUGUUUGUCAUUAAGGUAAUAUUUAAGGGAUUCGAAUCUGGAGGUUUAUUGAAUAUAUUAAUGAGUUGCACUAUAUCAAUUGAAUAAGUUCAAUUUAAAUCAAAUUGUUAUAUAUACUCAUACACGUCGUAGAGCGCGACCGAUUAACUCGUUCUCAUAUACAGGUCCAACAUAGAUUCCCUCUAGGCUCUAAUUGAAACAAAUUCAGAGUUACUAUAGGUGACAAAUGAGUAACAGGCAAAGUGAUUGUACAACGAAGUGAUUGUACAAAGAAAGUUGUGGAUGUUUAUCAUUAAGUUUAAUCAAUACACUAUUUAAGACAAUAGACAACGUAAUAUCAUGCACUUGGAGUUGGAGGCAUAUAUAGAGAAAUUUUAAUGUUUAGGUGACAUUCUCUCAACUAGCAUCGUCAAAUAGUUGAAGGAGGAUCUCUAUUUUAUCCACUUACACCAAACAUAUGCAGGAAACCACUUGAGAGGUAGUGGAUGUGACAAAUAAUAAAAUAUAAAAAAAAAGUUUAUGAUGCACUAUUUUAGAGUGUCACGUCACUGUUAUAUAAAGAAAGACUUGAUUCUUUCAUUUCUUUCAUUGAGAGACAAAUAUGUUUCUCUUUCGUCUAACGGGUAAUGAGUCUAUUUGAUUUUAUCUUCUCUUACCAAACGAGUAACUGGUGAGGUGAUUGUACAAAAGAAAGUUGUGAAAGAUUAUCACCAAAUUUAAUCAAGUACACUAUUUUAAGAUAAAAAUAACUUGAUAUCAUGUACUUUGAGUAUAUUUAGAUAAAUCUUAAAUGUUUAGAAGACAUUCUCUCAACUAGUAUUGUGAAGUAUAUGGAGUCUUAAUCUCUAUUUAAUCCACCAAUAUACCAAACAUCAGCAUGAAAACAUUUCGGAGAUGAUAGAUGUGAUAAAUAAAAUAUAAAAAAAUUAUUUGUGAUGUGCACUAUUUAUUAAUGUCACAUCACAAACCUCAAAAUAAUAAAAAUAACAAUAAUAAUAAAAUCUCCAAGAUUCUAAAAGAAAGAUAAAAUGUAGUUGCGACAUAAAAGAGAAAGACUUAUAAAAUGAGAGAUGUACU